AUGGACAGUGGGAUUGAAUGUAGCCUUAACACGUUUGCUGACAAUACCAAGCUGUGUGGUGUGGCUGACACCCCAGAGGGAAAGAACGCCAUCCAGAAGGAUCUUGACAGGCUGGAGAAGUGGGCCAAUGCCAAUCUCAUUAAGUUCAACAAAGUCAAGUGCAAGAACCUGUUCUCUUCUCCCACUGCUACCGAGUCCUGUUAUUUUGAACUAGAUGCGGCAAAAGAAUGGAAUGGCAGAUGGGACUGCUCCAUAUUUUAUGCCUUAGGGGAGAAGAAGAAUGCAAGGGCAUGCAGAGAACAUGUGUGGUCCAGUAACAGUCUGUCAAGUCAAACCUGCAGCAAUGUGGAAGCUGAUGCAGCCCAACAGUUUCAGUAUGCAGUGAGAGUUAUUGGAAGCAACUUUGCUCCCACUGUUGAACGGGAUGAAUUUCUUGUAGCGGAGAAAAUCAAGAAAGAACUUGUGCGUCAGAGAAGGGAAGCAGAUGCUGCUUUGUUCUCAGAACUCUACAGAAAACUUAGUUCACAGGGCAUUUUGAAAAACAAAUGGUCAAUACUCUACCUCUUGCUUAGCCUUAGUGAAGAUCCACGUAAGCAGUCUAACAAGGUAUCAAGUUAUGCCACACUUUUUGCUCAAGCUUUGCCACGGGAUGCUCAUUCAACCCCUUAUUACUAUGCCAGGCCUCAAAGCCUUCCGCUCAAUUACCAAGACCGCAGUGCUCAGUCUGCCCAGAGUUCUGGCAGCAUGGGGAGCAGUGGGAUCAGCAGCAUCAGCCUGUAUGCCCUGAAUGGGCCAACGCCAACUCCACAGUCACUCCUUCCUGGACAGUCCUAUCAAGCUCCAAGUGUUGGAGAUUGCCUCCGCCAGCAAUUAGGGUCACGACUUGCAUGGACUCUAGCCACAAACCAGCCUUCUUUACAAAGCACUACCUCAAAAGGCUUUUCAAAUCCUGUCUCCCGUGGUGUGCCAAGGUCAAGGCGAGAAGGGGAUACAAGUGGCUCUGUUGAAAUAACUGAAGCAAACCUUGUAAGAGAUGUGUUGUAUGUCUUCCAGGGAAUAGAUGGCAAAAACAUAAAAAUGUGCAAUUCUGAAAAUUGCUAUAAAGUGGAGGGAAAGGUGAGCUUGUCCAAAUCUCUCAGAGAUACCACAAGCAGACUUGCAGAACUGGGAUGGCUACAUAACAAAAUAAGAAAAUACACAGACCAGAGGAGUUUGGAUCGUGCUUUUGGACUUGUAGGACAGAGUUUUUGUGCAGCCUUACAUCAGGAACUUAAAGAAUACUACCGACUUCUAUCUGUUUUACAUUCUCAGUUGCAAUUGGAAGAUGAUCAGGGUGUGAAUCUGGGACUUGAGAGCAGUUUAACACUUCGCCGUCUCCUAGUCUGGACAUACGAUCCUAAAAUAAGGUUAAAGACCCUUGCAGCACUUGUUGAUCACUGUCAAGGAAGAAAAGGGGGUGAGCUAGCCUCAGCAGUUCAUGCCUAUACUAAAACAGGAGAUCCCUACAUGAGAUCUUUGGUUCAGCACAUUCUUGGCCUAGUAUCCCAUCCUGUACUGAAUUUCCUGUAUCGCUGGAUUUACGAUGGAGAGCUGGAGGAUACAUACCAUGAGUUUUUUGUAGCUUCAGAUCCUACAGUUAAAACUGAUCGACUGUGGCACGACAAAUACACAUUGAGGAAAUCAAUGAUCCCUUCUUUUAUUACAAUGGAGCAAUCCAAAAAGGUCCUCCUAAUAGGAAAAUCCAUAAACUUCUUGCACCAAGUUUGUCAUGAUCAAACUCCAUCCACAAAGAUGAUUGCUGUGGCGAAGUCUGCGGAGUCUUCAAAAGAUGCUGCUGAUUUGUUCACAGAUCUGGAAAAUGCAUUUCAAGAAAAGAUUGAUGCAGCUUAUUUUGAGACCAGCAAAUACCUGCUGGAUGUUCUCAAUAAGAAGUACAAUUUACUGGAACAUAUGCAGGCCAUGAGGCGCUACUUACUACUUGGUCAAGGAGACUUUAUCAGACAUUUAAUGGACUUGCUCAAGCCAGAGCUUGCACGACCAGCUACGACCUUAUAUCAACAUAAUCUGACUGGAAUCCUUGAAACAGCGGUGAGGGCAACUAAUGCCCAAUUUGAUAAUCCAGAGAUUCUCAAACGACUCGAUGUUCGACUUCUGGAGGUAUCUCCAGGGGACACUGGAUGGGAUGUCUUCAGCCUAGACUAUCACGUUGAUGGGCCAAUAGCAACGGUAUUUACACGUGAAUGCAUGAGCCAUUAUCUAAGAGUAUUUAACUUUCUUUGGAGAGCGAAGCGAAUGGAGUAUAUUCUUACUGAUAUAUGGAAGGGACACAUGUGCAAUGCAAAGCUUCUGAAAAGUAUACCAGAGCUUUCUGGGGUGCUGCAUCAGUGUCACGUUCUGGCAUCAGAAAUGGUCCAUUUCAUUCAUCAAAUGCAGUAUUACAUUACAUUUGAGGUGCUUGAAUGUUCGUGGGAUGAACUCUGGAACAAGGUCCAACAAGCACAGGACUUGGAUCACAUCAUUGCAGCUCAUGAGAUUUUUCUAGACACCAUCAUAGCUCGAUGCUUGCUGGAUAGUGAUUCCAGGGAACUUCUCAACCAGCUUCGAGCUGUUUUUGAUCAGAUCAUUGAGCUCCAGAAUACCCAAGAUGCAAUGUACAGAGCUGCUUUGGAGGAGUUGCAGCUGAGAUUGCAAUUUGAAGAGAGGAAAAAACAGCGUGAGCUUGAGGGCAAGUGGGGUGUAACUGCAUCAGAAGAGGAAGAAGAGAGCAAGAGGAUGAAAGAAUUUCAAAACUCUAUACCCAAAAUGUGCUCACAGCUCCGACUGCUCACUCAUUUUUACCAGGGAAUUGUCCAGCAGUUCUUGGUGCUGCUGACAACCAGUUCUGACGAAAGCCUUCGGUUCCUUAGCUUUAGAUUGGACUUCAAUGAACAUUAUAAAGCAAGAGAGCCAAGGCUUCGUGUAUCAUUGGGCACUAGAGGCAGACGAAGCUCACACAUGUGAAACAACAGCUGAGACUGCACCUUGGUACCUGAAGGAUGUUGCACCUCUGGUUGGACAAGGCCAUCAGUGCUGACAUCCUGCAGCCAAACUGCGUGUGAUCGGUGUCUGCCAUUUCUUCAGGCAAUGUGUUUUCAGUCAUGUGCUUGUGUGACACUGUAUAGCAGAAAGCAAAAAAAGUAGGGUUUUUUACACUGAUGUUUCUAGAAUUACCAGACUGAGUGGGCUGAUUGAACCUCUUCCAACCAACUUCUUAAAUCAUCCUUUUAAAUGAAUGCCAAUUUUAUUUGAAGCUUUCUGAGCUCUCUCCCAUGUAACUUAUAUCUGUGUC